UCCAAUUCAAUAACUAAUAAUACGAAAUGGAUCGAUUUGCAAAAAAUCUUUGCAUGCCUAUACUUCUCCUUCUAAUGGUGAUAGCUAUGGCAAAUGCAACUUCAUUAAGCUAUGCAAAAUGUACUAUUAAAAAGUACAAGAUGUGUUACAAUGUGGAGCGUGCUUGCCCUAGUUUGUGCCCUAAUAGUUGCAUUGUUGAUUGUGCUUCUUGCGAAUCUAUAUGCAUGCAGGAGGAUGAUGGUUAUUCAUCGAUCCUCGCUCUUGGUCGUCGUUCCUUGUUUGAUUCUGGCGAUGGCAAUGAUUUAUCGCAUGGCAAUGGUGACAAUAAUGGCAACACAGGAAACAAUGGGAAUAGUAACGGUAAUGGCAACAUUGGCGACAAUAAUGGUAAUAAUAAUGGCAACAACAAUAACAACGGCGACAAUGGCGACAAUGAUGGAAAUAAUGGCGGAAACAAUGGCGGAAAUGGCAGCAAUGGCGACAACAAUGGUAACAACGGCGGCAACAAUGGCGAUAACGGUAAAAAUAUUGGAGAUGAUAAAGGUAAGGGCGACAACAAUGGUGGAAAGGGCGACGAUAAGGGUGGAAAGGGCAAUGAUUCAUCGCAUGGCAAUGGUGACAAUAAUGGCAACACAGGAAACAAUGGGAAUAACAACGGUAAUGGCAAUAUUGGCGACAAUAAUGGUAAUAAUAAUGGCAACAACAAUAACAAUGGCGACAAUGAUGGAAAUAAUGGCGAAAACAGUGGUAAUGGUGGCGGAAAUGGCGGAAAUGGCAGCAACAAUGGUAACAAUGGCGGCAACAAUGGUAACAAUGGCGACAACAAUGGCGAUAACGGUAAAAAUAAUGGGGACGAUAACGGUAAGGGCGACAACAAUGGUGGAAAGGGCGACGAUAAGGGUGGAAAGGGUGACGACAAUGACAAAAACGGUAAAAAUAAUGGGGAUGAUAAAGGUAAAGGUGACGACAAUGGAAACAAUAAUGAUGGACAUGGAAAGGGCAGUGGCGACAAAUCACCACCUACCCCUUCACCUUCACCUCCUACUCCUACACCAUCUCCAUCUCCACCGCCGACGCCAACACCAUCUACUCCCUCACCACCUCCACCACCACCUACUCCUACACCAUCUUCACCGCCGCCACCAACACCUUCUACUCCUACACCUACUCCAUCAAUUCCUUCAACCUCACCAAAGACAGCCACAUGCAAAAAUAGUUACUAUCCUCAUUGUUACAAUACCAAACAUGUCUGCCCAAGUUCUUGUCCCGGUGGAUGUGAAGUUGAUUGUGUUACUUGCAAGCCUGUCUGCAAAUGUGAUCGCCCGGGGGCAGUUUGUCAAGACCCGCGAUUCAUCGGCGGAGAUGGCCUUACCUUUUACUUCCAUGGCAAGAAAGACCGCGAUUUUUGCCUUGUUUCCAACUCUAACCUUCACAUCAAUGCCCAUUUUAUCGGAAAGAGGAACAAGAAGAUGGCAAGAGACUUCACUUGGGUCCAAUCCAUCGCAAUCCUCUUCGACAAUCAUCAAAUAUUCCUCGGUGCACUUAAAACCUCGACUUGGGAUGAGUCCGUAGACCGCCUUUCCCUUUCCUUCGACGGUGAACCUCUAACUCUCCUUGAAAACGAGGGUAGCACAUGGCAAUCAUCGAAUGCACCAGGCGUAUUGAUCACUAGAUCAGCUAACACUAACAACGUCAUAAUUGAAGUCGAAGGAAAUUUCAAGAUUACGGCCAAGGUCGUCCCUAUAACGGAACAAGAUUCAAGAGUUCACAACUAUGGAAUUACAAAAGAUGAUUGUUUUGCUCAUCUUGAUCUUGGAUUCAAAUUUUAUUCUUUAAGUGAUCAAGUCAAUGGUGUAUUAGGUCAAACCUAUGGACCGGGUUAUGUUAGCCGAGUGAAAAUUGGUGCUAAAAUGCCUGUAAUGGGAGGGAAUAAAGAAUUUCAGACCUCGAGCCUCGUUGCACCGGAUUGCGCUGUUGCUCGAUUCGCCGGUGUUAAUGGCAAUGCCGACGAAUUUAUGCAAUCUCUCGAGUUACCAAGUCUAAGCUGUGCAAGCGGGAUUGAUGGACAUGGAGUAGUAUGCAAGAGAUGAGCAUUUAAAUGAUAUUGCAUACAAAAACUAAUUGAAUCAUUUACAUUAUUCGCUUUUAAAAAUAAAAAAGCGUAAGAUACAUAAGAAUAAGAUUGUCGUAACCAUUAGAGGAGAAAAAAAAAUACCACUCUCUUGGUUAAUCAAAUUAAUCAAUUUGCAUUUCCGUUAUGACUUUGUAUAAUCGAAUUUUAAAAUAAGGAUUUUGAUUGAGUUCCGAUUAUGAUGUAAUAAAGAAGAAGAGUUGUUUAAUUUUUAUAAUUUAUUUGGCUUGGUAACAUGACGGAGUUUUU